UGGCGCUUCCUGGGGCGGGACGCGAGGGCGCGCUGAGGCGCUUUUACCUCAGCGACGGCAGUGGCGGGACACUGCGCUGUGCCGCGCCGGGCGUGGGCCUUUGUGGGGGGUUGGUAUCGCCCACCCCAGCACCGGUCCGCACAGUUCCCAACCCCUGCUGCGGCCGUAGCCACGCCUACAGCGUUGUCACCUCCGGGACUGUCACCCCGUGGGUGCUCCCAAAGGCACUGGGAAAUCGGUGCGCUUCUCUCACGUGGAGCUUCCCCUUGCUGAAAAUUGGGCGUCGGAGGACAGAGCCAGCCAGACUCUGAGGAAGGGAAGAUUUCCUUGAAAGUUCUGCAGAAUCCUGCCUAUCUGUGUCUAGUAACACUGCCGGUAUCUUCCAAAUACUCUUCUGAACGAUGGUUGUCCUUCAAAAAAGUGGCAUCUCCUCUCAUAGCUCCAAAAGAAUUAUCUCGCAUGUCCAUUCAAUCAGCUGAGAUUUUCCAGGAUGGUUUCAGUGAUGAUGAGGAAUGACAACAAUCAGAUCUUGCUGAGACCAGAGACCUCCUGUGUGUGUCAGGGAGGGUUUGAGAUGUGCAGAAGGAAAAGGACCAGAACAGAAGCAUUGCAGUUUGCUCCGUGGGACACAUCCUGCAGCAAGCUACUACUGAGCUCUCCAGGACCUAUACCUCUGCUGCGAAGGAGGUUGAAACUGGCCAAGGCAUUCCACUGUUACUAAAUCAAGACUGUGAGACAGGUCGUGACCAUGUGAACAAAAACAUCUUUUUUCCCCCUCAGAAAACAGACUUCUUUACAGUCAUGAAAAGACCUUUAACACUUCUACAGUAGCCACUGCCUUUCCAAUAAUUUUUAAAUCUUUCAGGGUGGAGAAGAAAAGAAAAUGCUAACAUCCUUUCAUUUAAAGUGGAUUUUACUUCAUUUGAUUCAAACACCUUGUUUUUUACAUUUCACACUUAGAACAAAAUUUAAUGUUCAAGGAUAAGAAAAAUGAAGUUCUACUGUGCUACCAUUGUAAUCCCAAAUGAACUAACUCACUGCAGCUGAGGGAACAAGAAAAACAUCAUGCAUGUUCUAUGUCAACAAACAGUUUGAUGGAAGUAUUCGCAUUUAGGAAAGGCUUUUGUGAAAUGCAGGAAGCCUCUAAAUCUGCUACUGAAUAAAUGGAAGUUUGGGGAAAGAAACUGAAGCUCAAAACCAGUGAAGCACCAGGACUUGAGGAUGGAGAGAGUUCUUACUAGCUUCCGUGACUAAGGUAAGGUUGCUACAAGAUGCUGCUUGUGCUUAAUGCAUAUCCUGGCUCAUGGAGUUCCACCAGAAAUGCUGGCCAAUAUUCUCAUCCAUUACUUUAAAGAAGAUGGGAGUGUAGCCAGAGAAAGUCUGCCUUGCCUUUCAGUUCCAGGUUGAGUCCAUAAGAGGCUUUCCUCUGGACUGUGCAGGGGGUGAGCUACAAGGGUUAUUUUGUCCAUCAGCAAGGACAUACGGGCUGCAGAGGAAACAUUGUGCUGGGGUCCGAGGAGCAUGUGGCACAGUGACAGGAUUUGCGUCACAGGAUGGAGAAAUGGAGAAAUGGGAAUAAAGUCAGAUAAGAAAAGCCUCCAGGAACUUCAUUCAGUGAUUAAGAAGGAUGUUACUGUUAAUAACGUUAAAUGCACACUAAGGUUAAGAAGGUCGAGAAGCCAAGCUUUGUCUAAGAUUCUUAUGUAGCAUCUCUCACCUAUGCGGAGUCAAGCAGCAUUGACAGUAUUAGAAAAGAGGCGGAAGAUGCCAGAGUUUGCAUUGGCAAAGGGAAGAUGUAUCUGUUUUUGAUUCAUGACCUUACUUCAGAGCCAUGCUGAUUUAAUCUGUUAGAAUAAUAGCCCUCAUCAGUAAAUGAAGCCUUGGGUGUCUGAGAGGUUCAUCUAGAAGAGGAAGCAAGUAGCAGUGCACAAAUAUCCACUUGGAAAUGCCAAGGGCGUUGGAAAUCCUUACAGAACAUGAAAAACUUCUGUAACAGAAGUACACUACUGUGAAAUGAUGGCAACACAGAUAUCGCCAGAUUUAGCAAGUUCUCUAAUGCUUUUUAAUCUCUCUCUUAAAAAAAAAUUCUGUACAAUUUUUCGAUGAGAAAGGAAUCUGGGCAGAAGACCUCCCACUUUUGCAUCCCCGCUCCCCAGAAGUGGUUAGUAGCAACCCUCAAUUCACAGACAUGUUAUCCCAGUGCUUUCUGAACUACCACCCUCUCCCUGCUCCAACAUCAGUUUCUUAUUUUUCCUGCUAUAAUAGGAAUGGCUGAAUAAUUUGAAAUAACGUUACAGACUGAGACGGGGCGUGUUCUGCUUUGGUGGAGCUUCAUUUUCUCCUCCUGCAGGCUAAAACGCAGGCUGGUAAAAUCUCCCACUCAACAUUUCUGAAUAUUCGGUGCUUUCUUUCACUUUCAUUCUGGUAGAUCAAGAAUCACUUUUCUACGGUAAGGAAAAACAGCAGUUCAAUGCGAGGACAAGCAGGAUUUUACGUGCAGCCUGUUGGAACUGGCUUACAUCCAGCCCUGAACGACAGCACGUGUUAGGAGCUGCCCUUCCCAGAGCUCUUGUUCUCUCUGCCCUCCCCCAGUCGGGAGCUGAGGGCUGUGGGGACUUCCUGACCAGAGUUCGCUGAAACGAAGUUCUAAGACUAGAGAGUUCACGCUGCCAGCAAGUCGAGGAGAAAGAUACAGGUGGUACCGUGGAGCUGUAUAUUCGUGGCAUUGUUGGGACGAUUCGUUCUGCACUGGAGCAACCAAAGAGCGUAACGGAAUUGCAGCACCUGCAGCCGCCGGCACGAGCCUCCCCACAGCUGCGCUGCACGCAACGCCUGUACCCGCCGAGGCCAACCCGGAGCGCCCUCCGGCACCGCUCCUCGCCCCAACGCCGCCUGGCUGAGCGCGGGGACUCCCGCUUCCUCCCUGCAGCCUCCCUCCUGCCCGCGGGGCCGGGCCGCUGCUGCGGGCUGCGGCCGCCAGGGGCCGCCGGCGGAAGGCCCCGGUGCUGGCAGUGCCGCGGGGGAGCUGCCUGCGGGGGCUGCGCGGCGGCGCGGAGAGGGUAGAGCUCCGCCAGCGAAACCAGCACCCCCCGGAGCGGCGGCGACGACCGGGAGCGCUGCGCGCGCGGCGGCUGCGGCCACGCGGCCCUGGCGGCGGCCCUGGGCACGGGAACGGUCGGGCGAGGAGCCAUGAUCUCUAAGGAUGUUUCAAGCAAAACUAAUAGUAACUGGAGAUGACUUUGGCUAUUGCCCUCGGAGAAACCAAGGCAUCGUGGAGUGUUUCCUAGCUGGAGCUGUAUCUAACGUGUCCCUUCUGGUCAACGGAAGUGCUGCAGCAGAUGCAGCCAAGCUGGCAAGGAGAUACAACAUCCCCAUAGGACUGCAUGCCAACCUCUCUGAGGGCUCCCCUGUAUGUGAGGUGCUCAAGACAAACUCUUCUCUGAUCAACGAAGAUGGAUUUUUCCAUGGGAAAAUGGGAUUCAGAACAGCUCUAUCAAAAGGCCUCCUAAAUAUGUCGGAGGUGAAGCAGGAGCUAAAGGCCCAGGUGGAUCUGUUCCAUGAGCUAACAGGCCACCUACCUCCUCACAUGGAUGGACACCAGCAUGUUCAUGUCCUCCCAGAGGUCAGGCAUGUGUUUGCAGAGGUAUUAGAGGAAUAUGGAAUUGAAUACACACGUGUCCCAAUAGAGCCAGGCCUUCAUAACUGUGACUGGAUUGAGCCAUCUCUGAUGGACUUUUAUGUGGGAGUAGAAGAAGAUUCUCUUAACACAGUGGAUGUGUUUACAAAGCAUGGAAUAAGUAACUGCUGCAUAGAAGAGCUCACCAGCAACUGCCCACUGCUUUCCAUGAGGAGCGUGUGGUAUGGCUGUACCAGCUAUCAGCAAGUUGUCAAGGGGGGAAAUUCCUUGUACCUUCUGUCCGCUUUAAUUCCAGUCAUGAAAGCAUUUGAACUUCAGCCAACCCCAACUGUGCCGUCCCUUGGUAGCAGCGUGUGGAACCGGGUGAGAGCUGCCCUGCUCUCAGCGCUACCCGAGGGCGAAGCUGAGGCCGCGUGGACGACGGACUCGAGGGCGGCAGCGCUGCGGGGCCGGACGGGGCAGGGCGGCAGGAGACACACUGCAACCACACAGCACAGUAUUUGAUCUUCAUCUUCCUUGGAGAGGGCCACCUACAAACAAAAGCCAUUGCCUAUGUUACACUUCAGCAUUAGAAAUCGCGUUAUGAAGAACACACGAAGAACAGUGACGGUAACGCUUGUCUUCUGUGUGGUCCUUACGGAAGAAACGAGAGCAGCCAGCACACAGCACUGCUCACAGCCUCCACCCAACUGAAGCGCCUCCAGCUACACAGCUCUUCCUGGUUCCUGUCAAGAGCACCCAAGCCACACCGAAAUAAAUGCAGUCUUUAACCUGAGAGGCUCACAACCAGAAAGCAGAUUGUUGAGUAGUAAUGAGGGCAGCAAACUAGUGCUACGGUUGUUUUUAAAUAAUAAUAAUAAAAAUAAUGCAAAUUUAAAGAGAGUUUCAAUUGCAAACAGACAUGAUCAAGAAGUACAGUGACUUGUCUGAGGCAGAAGUUACACACUGCAGUUCGACAGAUAAUUUGGCAUUAUUUUAUUACGAAUCUGAGUAAGCGUGAAGGAAACAAAAUCAGUACCAACUUUCUGCAACCAAAGACACAAAGAUGUGAAAAAUUUGGUAAUAGACAGUGCUCUCACAAGCCAGGAAACACUUAGGAAAGAUAAGUUUCCGUAAAUAAGGUGAAUGUGGUUUAACUUCAUUUACCUGCCAAAGAAUCCCUCCAAGACCACUUAAACAUGAAAUUUCAUAGCUCCCUAACUAAUAAAAAAAUUACUUUCAACAGA